GUGUGCGCAGGCCGGCUUUUGACACAUGUGUGACAGAGCAAUACGACCGAGGCACUCUAAGUCGGCUGGUGGCCUGCUUUUGGCGUCUACAGCUAUCGGGGCGGCCUUACCUGCCUACCUUAGGUAUCCAAAUCCUUGCCCGGUCUGGGGUCGCAUGUGGCUCGACACCACUCGCCUAUCGUCCUGUUGGCAGUCCAAGGAUGCAAUGCAACGCCGCGACCACAAAGUGCAUGCAUGCUGCCGUCUGCCGUCUGCCGUGCCCACCUGCUUGUUUCGCUGUGAAAGUUGACGUAGCUUCUUGAC